UCAGCUGGAUGGAUGGGCGUGCGGGGGACAGACAGACACUGACAGAGAUUUCGCUGCCCGUUGCCAGCGGGAGCACUCGGGAGCUGGUGGACAAGGAAUUGUUACAUUAAUUCCUUCUUCUUGCCAAAACACAUUAACCCCUCUCAUUAAAUGCCCCCUCGGGCACCUGGCUCCAGCCCCACCCCAACUCCUCCAUUCAUCCUACUCACCGCAGCCUGUUCUGGCAGCAGCCCCCCGCCCUCAAUGGGAGAGGAGAUCUCUGUGCCAGCCCCUGCCGUGCUGCCCCCAGCCUAUCACACCUCCCCCCCCCUCCCAGUGCGUGGGCUGGGCGCGGCUUGCCAGGCCAGUCUCUCGCUGCGCUCGCAGAGGCACAUUGGCAGCAGGCCCGUCGUGCCCCAACCCCAAAAAGAGCUCCCCACCGAUUCCCCGCCAUGCAGCGAGCCACCAUGCUCCUGCUCUGCCUGGCUCUCCUGGCCCACCAGGAGGCAGAUGGGGAUGCCCAGCUACCCCAGGACUUUCCCCUGAAACACUCGUACCAGCCGCAUGAGAAACAACUGCUGGAGGAGCUGCAGGACGUGCUGGAGAAACUGCAGAGCAAGAGGAUUUCCACCUGGAAGAAGAAAUAUAACCAAGUCCCCAAGUGCUUCAUCGGCCAGGCCUGCGCCGUGAAGAAGGGCGCCCGCAUCGGCAGGCUGUGCGACUGCCCCCGUGGAGCCACCUGCAACUCCUUCCUCCUCAGGUGCCUGUAGCCACUGCGUGCAAGGGACCCCCAGCCGCAGAUCAUCCUCUCGUGCUGCUGUGUGUUGUGAUUCCCGGGCGGGGUGCCAGGGCUGGCUGGCAGUGGCCACGCUGCUCAGCAGAGCCCAGAGGAAGGGGGUGGCAAGGCUGGCUGCUCCAGGAGGCUGCCGCAGGGCUAGGGUCUCCUGCUCCUCUGACCACCCACUUCCCAGAGGGGCUGCUCAGCCAAGAUGGUGAAACCAGGGCCACAAGCUUUGUCUCACUUUCACUUG